CACGCAGCACCGCAUUCCAGUGUUUGUCCUGAUAAGAUGUCGUCAGGGUGACUUUGUUUACACUGAAGAUGAUAUGCUAGUGAUGAUAUCAGAUAUCAAUAUUAUGAAAGCUCAUGGAGCUGAUGGCUUUGUUUUUGGAUGCCUCAAAGAAACUGGGACAAUUAAUGAGGAACAAUGCGCGGAGCUGUUGAGCGCUGCUGCACCGCUGCCGUGCACUUUCCACCGGGCAUUCGACUGCGUGGCCUCUCCAGAGGAGGCGCUCGACACCGUCAUCCGGAUGGGCUUCACGCGGCUCCUGACCAGUGGGCUCGCGCCCUCCGCCGCCAAGGGAGCAGCCCUGAUCGCCCGGCUGGUAUCGCUCUCUGCUGGCCGGCUCUCUGUGAUGCCCGGCGGUGGCGUAAACGCCCAGAACGUAUCCCAGCUGGUCACUCUGACAGGCGUCAGUGAGGUGCACGCGUCGGCGCGCGGCCCCCGUCGCUCGUUGAUGGCGGUACCGGCCGGCGUGUCGAUGGGCGCCGCCAGUGACGAGCGCUGCUGGCUGCAGUGUGACCCGGACGAGGUCGCCGCCAUCCGCCGCGCCUUGUCUUCGGCUGGCGAGGAGGGGGACGCCGCAUAGCCGCGCCGUUGUGAUAUACAAUGUGGGUGCCUCUACCACCUGGUGGCGCGAAUAACAGUGAACGGGCCGGGGUUUUAUACCAUUUAUAUAUACUCGUACUUGUAACUGGUUACAUUGUUGCAUUUUUAUAUUUCAAUACAUAUUCACACAAUUUCA